AUGACGCUACAGAUGAUUUGCUUCAUGACUCCCCUGACGCUGAGGAGAGGUUACAUAGCUCAUGAAGUGUUGCCACAGAAACCUAAAUCAUCUGAAACUGUCAAGAGACAUGAGAAUAUGGAUUUGACCUCCAUUUACUUACCUCCUCCUACACUAUGUCUCAAGCAAUGUCACCAGAUGAUAUUAAUUGGAAUAGCUUCAGUGAAACCAAUAAAAGAGGCUGCUAUGUUCAAGGCAGCAGCCAAGCCCCAUGAAACUGCUCGCUCACUCCCCUACCAGCAGGAUCAGAGAGAGAAUCAGAAGGAUUACUGCAUGCUGCAGAAUGAACAGACAGAGCACCUCAGACCAAAAAAUAGGUUUGCCCCAUCAAAAGAGAAAUUUUACCACAGAACCAUAGUCCAGAAUAUGUUUCUAGUUGUUCUAGUUGCCACUCAAAGCUGUAAACCUCUGAAUCUGAGCCAGAAAAGCAAGGCUCCCUUUGAGUGCAUAACCAAUUGCAGAUUGAAUUAUGGAUGGUCAGAGUCCAAUAUGAUGAUGUUUAACAACUGUGAUAUGCCACCUCCUCUGGUGAAACAUGAUGUACAUAACAUUCAGGAAUACAAGGUCAAUUAUGUUUCAUUUGAUGGCCUCACUACACACAAAUUUUCUUCUGGGUGGGCUGGUUAGCCAACCAAACUUCCAAAACUAUACCAGACAAAGCCAGUCCCUGUCCCUUUCUCCUCUACAACUGAAUUUCAGAAAAAACACCAAGCUUGACUACAGUCUCUUGUAUUCAUCAGAAAACCUGAUGUAUAUCUUUCUCAUCUGGAUAAAAUGGACCUUCACACCACUAUUUGGACACAUUGGAAACACCCAAAUGAAAAGCCAGCCAAGUUGUGUCAAUCUUUGGCCCAGCUUAAUAAAAUUACUGAGCCAUUUAAUAGCUCUUCUAUAGUGAAAGAAGACUAUAAGCCUUGGCUAUGAAAUAGACUAAAACCUAUCACUCAUGCUCCAACUUUCCCAGAAAAACCAAUAGAUUCCUUGGCUGUGUUUUGGACCCAUCAAGGGCCUCAUUCUCUCACAGUUAUGUAA